AUGGGGGCUCCAAAACAUGUCAACUCCUUCAAGAAGAUCUCCAAACUCAUCCUUGCUGCACUCCUGUCAAGCGGAAAGACCGUGGAGAACCAUCGACUCAGCGAGACUGCUCCCAUCAGCACUAUUGACCGCUUCCAUAAUGGCGACAAGGCCCCCCAUGGCCUCGGCGUCAACAGAGACGCACCCGCCUUCGACUACAAAACCGUUCUCAACGGUCCCGAAAUCGGGACUGCCCUGCGCGGCCUUGAGAAAGAGUAUGGAAUCCAGGUGACAAACACUCCUCACGAAUCCUAUUGGAAGCAGAAGUCAUUUGUCGGCUUUCUGCCCCUCGACAAGUUUACCGGCCGCAUCAACACGAGAUCAUACAGCGUCUUCCUCACCGCCGGCGUCCAGGGCCGCGAGCGCGGCGGUCCCGACAGCCUCAUCUACUUCAUCGGUGACCUCCUCUGGGCCAACAAGCAUGACGAGGGCCUCGCGUACGACAACCACGUCUACACCGUCGAGCAGGUCCGCCGCGUCCUCUCUCUGGGCAUCAUCAUCUUUCCCCUCGUCAACCCGGACGGCCACGCUUGGGACCAGCGCUGGCACAACUGCUGGGGCAACAACCUCAACGUCGACUACCGACCGGAGGACAAGAGCAUCCGCGGCAUCGGCGUCAACAUAGACCGCAACUACAACUUCACUUGGGAUUACCGCCAGGCCUACAGCGAGCUAGCGGGCGACGUCGCCUCGGACAACCCCGAACACGAGCUCUUUCACGGAUGCGAACCGAUGUCCGAGGCUGAGUCGCGGAACGUUGCUUGGGUCCUCGAGACGCACCCGCGCAUCCGGUGGUUCCUCAACGUCCACACCAAGGGCCGCCUCGUUACGCACGCAUGGACCAACGCUGUGCCGCAGACAACAGACACCGCGAUGAGCUUCCGGAACGCUAGCUACGACGGGAAGCGCGGCGAUCCGGCCGUCGGCUAUAGCGAGUACAUCCGUGCCAAGGAUCUGGAUGUCUACCAGGACAUUUCCACCAGCGUCGCGGCGCAGAUGGCAAAUGUCAGUGGCACGCCGUUCCACGACGUAGACGCCCUGCGCAAAGAAGGCAAGAUAUUCCUGGGCGCGUCCGGGUCGGCGAUCGAUUGGGCAUACAGCCGGCAUACCGUCAAUGAAAUGACCAGUAAGGUCUACUCUUUCAAGUUGAAGCUCGGCGCUUCCGAGGAGGAGGCGGCUGCUGUUGCGCAGGAAGGCGGGUGCCCGUACUACCCUUCCGGUGAGCAGUACUACAGGUCCCUCAAGGAGGCGGCUGUGGGAUACAUGACAUUCCUCCUCAACGCCGCCAAACAUCAAGCCAUCGAGGCCGGGGGUUAG